AUUAUCUCUAAUACAAAACUUAAGCAUUUUAAAGGGUUUACAACUUUUCAAACAAAGCUGAAUGUCCCUGUGAUUUUUCCAGCCAUUACUACACAUUGUUUUGAAGAACCACUGAAUUACUUUACCAAUGUCUGAAAACAAGAUAUUAACCUAUAAUCUAAUAAUGCAAAAUGAAGCUUUUCUGAUAUCUUAAUCUGUGCAUUUAUGUUUCUGCCUCUCAUUUUUCCAGAUGACUUGUUCACGUAUAUUUUUACAGAUCCUUCCUGCCUUAAUCAGUUAAUAAAGAAGAAUGUUCUGCUUACAAAUCUACAACCCAUCAACUCAUUUUCUUGUGUGCUGCUGCCACCUCCUGCUCAGGUGUGUCCAUAUCUUCCUGUUUGUAUGAUGGUGCUACCAGAGGCCUGUGCUACAAAGCAGGAUCAACAUUCCCGGAUUGAUUUACCCAGACGUUUGCAAUCCCAAUAAGUGUUACUACGCAGCUGAUUACCAACCCAGGUUUUCCAGUCUUGAUCUGUGCGAACUCACAUAAACCUGCACAUGGAGAAAACCUGCACAGUAGCCUACUUUACCAUAGAGGAGCAGACAAUUAUUAAAAUAACUAAAGAAUUUAAACAUGGUGGAGGUAGCAUGUUAAAACACAGGGUUGCUUAUAAAAAACACAAUUAUACAAUAUGUCAUUUACUGUGGGAGUAAGUAAACUAGACUAGCCUAACAUGCAUUUCCUCUACAGUUGAACCCUCACACUGCUGCCCCCACCCACACGAACGCUGUCCUGUACAGAGAUGAGCAGUAAAAUAACAGUAAAAUCAAUCUUUCAUAUAUUUCAGCUGUGGUUAGCGACAAUACAUUCAAACCUGCUUUCCACAUUUUAUGUAGCCCACUCAGGUCGAGGCCAUAAAUGAAGAGACACCUUGUGUGUGCUCAGAAAGACCAUUGUUGGUACAACCAGAGGCGAUUCUUAGGUCUCUGGGGGCCCCAAGCAAAAUUUCAUAGGGGGCCCCUCCAACCAGUGUUCACUGCUUUUGUACUGUGAUAUUGUUUACUUAUAAAAAUGGCAGAAAUAUAUUAAUAAUGUUAUCUUUAAAGGCAUUGUUGUAACAGCAGUAAAUUCUUCAAGUGCUAUUUUAAAAUGUUCUUUGACAGGUUUCACUUCGUCUACUUUUACUUCAUUAUUUACUAUUUUUAUUUAAUUAAAAAGGGGCAAUAUGAUCCAAUGUAGUUCCAAUACAAAAUAUUAAACUACGUGCUGAAACCUGCAUUACAAUUCUUUAGGAUUUGAUUUAAAGCUAAUAGAGUAAAUACAUGAAUAGUUUUCAGAAGCGUAAAGCCGACUGGACAUGGAAAAUAAAAUAUAAACACCACUUGCACACACUUCCAUCUAUGAACUUUAGUAUUACAUAUCAGAUUUCUGGCCUAUGAAUUCUAUAAUUUAACAUUCUUAGCUUUACAGUAAAGCUGAACUAGACAGCUUUAACUUGAUAUUAUCCAAGUUAUCUGUUUUUAUUUCCAGCCUCCUCACAGGUAGCCAUCAGAAGGACAGACUGAGCUGCUCUGAGCUGAAUAUGUUGUGGAUUAUCUGCACUACUAAUUAAUGCUUUGGUCUCCUCUACAGUCUUACUGUUUUUAUAUCUUUCUUUUGUCACUGCCAGACAGAAAACGUCUCAUUUUUAUAAACCCACUCUCUCCUGGAGGUGGAGAUGGGGUCCCUUCAGGGUCACUGCAAACUCUCCACAUUGUCGCUGCUCUGUCUUGAUUCAAAGUGGGAGUGACCCUAAGAGGCCUCCUAUUUUUCAUCCAACUGUUUAUGAUGUGUAAUAAUCCCCACUGCCUCUUAGGGUCGCCACUGCAGCGUUACUUUUUAUCCUUACUCCUCUGUCUUCCCCUGCAAUCUGCAGGUGCUACCAUGGGAUUAUUUGUCUUUUUUCAUUUUGUAUGAAAGAGAGCAUGCUGUCAAGAUGAAAAAAUAAAAUUAAGAUUUAUUUUAAAAUGACCUCAAGGACAUUUCAUGUUGCAGAAACAAUCAGUUGAUGUAUUUUUCUUUUUUUCCUCUCUAAAAACAACAAUAAAAACCCUUGAUUUAAUGUUAAAGCCUGAACUGAUCAAAAUUUCAACUGAAAUAUUGAUGCAAUUGUCACUUUAGAAGUCCUGCUGUUAAACAGUUGGUUACUUACAGUGGAUUUACAUGACUGGUUUCGCCCCCAAUGAGACUUUGGGGGGGCUGGACUUGCAAGAAAAAGGAGAACCCAAACUGUCACAGCUCACUCACAGUUCAUCAUCUUCUUGCUCUCUGAACUUUUGAAAAAGCAACCUCACCCAGGAGGACACUGUUCACCACCCUCCCCUCUGGCAGACUCAGAGUCCUAAAAACUUGGACCAGCAGACUUAAAAGAUUCAGCUUUCCUGGCUAUCAGUGGUUGUCAAAUAGGUGGGCUGGUGACCUGUCCAGGGUGUAGCCUGCCUUUCGCCUGCUAAUUACCAUGAUAAGCUCCAGUUCCACAGUUGUCACGUCUGCUCCAUCUGCUCUGGCUGCUCCGGCUGCUCCGGCUGCUCCGUAUGCUCCGGCUGCUCCGGCUGCUCCGUAUGCUCCGGCUGCUCCGUAUGCUCCGGCUGCUCCGGCUGCUCCGUAUGCUCCGUAUGCUCCGGCUGCUCCGUAUGCUCCGUAUGCUCCGAGCAUGCCUGUCCAUCAGUCAGUCCAGAUGGUGUCAGUCACCACCGGUCAAGGUCCUGGAAGAUGGAGCACCGGCCUCUGCGACUGCUGCACUGAUAUGGGCACCUGCUGCUGUGGUUAUUGGUGUUUCCCCUGCAUGCAGUGUGAGACAGCCGGUAAACAUGGCUGGUGCUGUGGUAUGCCCCUCCUGGAUUUCUGCGGUGUGGUGUCCUGCGUACUCCGCUCCUCCAUCAGAGAGCGCUACGACAUCCCCGGCUCAUGCUGUGAUGACUGCUGUACAGUCUGUUGGUGCUACGUAUGUGUCUGGUGCCAGAUGAAUCGCGAGGUGAAGAUCAGGGCCAGACAUCAGCCGUCGACCACGACAGUGGUCGCCACACAGGCCGUCACGGCAUAAGAUUAAAAAUGUCGUGGUCGUACGUUGACGACAUACAACAUGUUUAGCAAGUGGAUCAUUUCUGUUUGGAUUUUGUAGUUAUUAGGUGAUAGACAAAACAUUUUGUUUCAAACAUAUAUUUCAAUAAGCAUCAGAGGGACUAUUAGACUUCUGCUUUCCAGUUUGUAAUAUCAGUAUUUUUAUAAAUUUUGGCUUUCUGUUGGCGCGUUAGAUUCACUGUUGAAGCCAGAUGCUGCUUUAGUUUUGUGAGGAUAUUCACAUGCUGAAGAUGGUAAUGUCAGGUUAAUGUUUUCUAACCUUUGAUUCAUUUUGGCAAUAAAAUUUUUCAUGUCA